CAACAUAUAAAGUUUCUUUGCUUAUCUCUUUGCCGUGAAGGCAAGGCCAAACCUGUCUGUGGAAAAUCUCAAGCGAUGACCAAAUGUCAUUUCUUAGUCUUAUUUCCCCACCAUAUUUUCAAACAUCAACAGCUUCUUCACACGCUAUAUAUGCAUAUGGGCAGAUCAUAACUCAUCAAGACACCAACAUCACAAAGCCAUUUUCCUUCCAUCUCAAAAAGAUGACAUCACAGGCCAAGGAAUUUGUGGAUGAGAUGAGGAUGGUGUCGAUGAAACUGCACACCAGAGAGCAGGCAAGAGAGGGAGAGAAGGAAGUGAAGGGGCCAGAGGAGAGGUCGGUCUCCAAGUGGGAGCCAACCGUGGAUGGGUAUCUGAGGUUUCUUGUGGAGAGCAAGCUGGUGUAUGAUGCACUUGAGGGCAUUGUUGACAAGCCUGAUUUCCCUUACUAUGCUGAAUUGAGAAACACUGGCCUGGAAAGAUCUGAGCAAUUGGGGAAAGACCUUGAGUGGUUCAAAGGCCAAGGCCAUGGAAUCCCAGGGCCAUCUGGUCCAGGUGUGGACUAUGCAUGUUAUCUUCAAGAAUUGUCAGAGAACGACUUUCCUGCCUUCAUCUGCCACUUUUACAAUUUUUACUUUGCCCACACUGCUGGCGGUCGAAUGAUUGGCAAAAAGGUUGCUGGGAAGAUACUCAACAACAAGGUCUUGGAGUUCUACAAGUGGGAUGGUGAGCUCAAGCAGAUUUUGCAGAAUCUGAGGGACAAAAUCAAUAAAAUCACUCUGGGCUGGACUAGAGAGGAGAAGACUCAUUGUUUGGAGGAAACAGAAAGAUCUUUCAAUUACUCAGGAGACAUCCUUCGUUUGAUACUGUCGCCAGUGCAAAACUAGGGCACGUGCGCGGGCACGGGUUAAAUGUUGUCACCAGACUGUAACAACAGUGUAUCGUAUGGAUUUCCAUUCCGAAGGAUUGUAAAGAUUCAGAAAGAAUAUAUCAUCAUUCAUUCACGUCCAA